GGAAGAUAUUACACAACAUGAAAUAUACUGGAUUUUACUGACAAACACACACUGAGUUGUGUAAGUCCUGGAGGUAUGUCUAUCCCACAAUCCCCUCUGAUUGUAACAUUGAGAGCACAGAGUGUUUUGCGGGUUUUGCUCCCCCCCCCGCCCCUCUGUUUCCAGUCCAGCCCGUGUUUUAGUUUCAGGGUUUUUGGAGCGGUCCGGUCCGGUCCGGUCCGGGAGUGUUCUGUCAACAUGAGCAGCAUCAAGUGGAUCACGAAUGCGGGUCUUGUGUUCGGGGCGGCCGGGACGGCGUGCGGGUUUUGGAUGAUAACGUCACCGGGCGAGCAACGGAAAAAGAACAUUUUGAAGACUCUCCCAGAAGCGAACCCGCUACGGAUGGAAGAGACGCGGCUCCUGACCGCUUUGCAGCUGCGAGUCCUCAAAGAAGCGGCGGAGACGGACGAGAAUAUCACCCGGAGAUACAGCAAAUAAAACACAGCCUUACCCCCCUCUCCCCUCUCCCCUCUCCCUCCCCCCCCUCUCC